CCUGCAGCCUUAAUUUCUCAGUUUACCCAAAUUGACUACAGGCUCUAAUCUCAUGCACUAAUUGUCAAAAAAACAAAAGAUAGUACUCUCUUAUUAAAACGUAUUCCCUGGCAACUGAUAUCAGUUCAUACACAACCCUAUUUACACCUCAAUUUUUUCACCUCUGUAGUUCUUCUUAUGGCUCUCUUUACCAUACCAAAACACAAACUCCUUGCUUUCACUCUUCUCAUCGUCAUGUUUUGCUUCUACUCAGGAAAAUGCAAAGCACAAGGCAACCCAACAGAAAUGUUUCAGAAAGCCUUGUUCUGUUUCAAUAACAAGUUUAUCUAUGCUGGUUGUGACAAGACAUAUAGAUUGAAUGAAGGUGGAAACCUUAAUAUCCCUCCUCAAGCGGUUGGCUUGUUCUGUAAUGGACCUUGUUUGGCUGAGACAGAGUUAGUCCUCAAUUGUGUUGACAACAUUUUCUCCAAUUUCUUAUUCUAUAAUAAGGCAACUAUAGGAGACAUAAGGGGUGCUUUAAACGUUGGCUGCACCUACGACCGGAAAGGGUUAUUCAAUUUUGGAGGGUUUCCACAAGGUGUAAUAAGCCAUGCAGAGAGGCCGAAGAUUUCAAGUAUGGUUUAUGCAUUGAUAUUGCUAAUUAGUGGAAGCUUUUACUUCAUUUUGUUUUGAUUUUAAAAGUGUAGUCGAUGGACAACAUGUGAAUAUUUUCCCAAUCAAAUGAAGAACUGCAGUGACUACUUAAAA